AUGGCUGGUUUGAAUGUCUCUGUUGCCUUUUUUCUCUCUGUAGUAGCCCUUUGUGAGGUGACCAGAUGGUUCUCCAAAAGAAUUUUUCCUCCAAAGGUAUACUUAUGUCUUGCUAGAGAACUGGCCAGCUCAUUCCAGAUGUGUGCUUGCUGUCUUGAACUGCAGAUGCUGGUGAUGAUUGGUCCCUGGGGUGGUGGCUUUGGCCUAGAUGUGAGCCUGACUCUCCUCUUUGUUAUCUUCUUGGUUCAUGGAGCCUCAUUUGAUGGAGCUUCUGCUAAUCCUACUCUCUCACUCCAGGAAUUUCUAGUGUUGGAUUCUUCUUUUGUGGUGACUGUUGCCAAAAUUUUGGCCCAGUUCAUGGGGAUGGGAGCAGCCUGGGCCAUUACCAAGCAAUAUUGGUCAUGGGAACUGACAGACUUCCACAUGAUCCAGAACUUAAUAGCCCAAGACUGCAGUUCUUCUCUCAGCACCUCUGUCUCCCAGGGCAUCUUUGUGGAAGCCACGUGUUCAUUUUUUUUCCAGCUAGUGGUUCUCAGGUUCAAGGCUAGCUAUCCCAUGUACAGAAUCCCUACCACAGCACUUGCUGUUACCAUUUUGGCGUAUACAGCUGCCCCUUUCACAGGAGCCUUUUUCAACCCUGCUCUGGCCUCAGCUGUGACCUUUCCCUGCUCUGGGAAUAGGUUACUGGAAUACAUGCAGGUGUAUUGGCUGGGACCCAUCACAGGGAUGUUGAUCGCAGUUUUUGUAUAUCAAGGAAAUAUCCCGCGACUCUUUCAGAGAAAUCUGAUCUACAGUCAAAAGAACAAAUACAGGACACCCAAGGGAAAAGCAUUUCCUGCAUCUGGCACUCAGCAGAAACCAGCAAAAACAGAGAAGAUCAGCUUUUUAGGAUCAACAAAGAGAACAGACUGA